CAUAAAUUUGGUAAAUGUAUUAUGUAAAUACCUAUAAAAAAAAAUGUACUAGUAAUUAUACUUAGUAUAAGUUUUUCUUUGCCUACUGCUUAGUACAUUUUAUAAAUUUACAAUAUAUUAUAAAUUCUACAUCGCCAAAUUGGUUCUGAGUUAUUAAAUAUGUGCUUGAAACUGUAACAAAGAUGUACUAUGAUUAACAAAACGCAAAAAAAAUUAUAUUAUUAUGAUCAACCUAAUAAAGUUUGAAUUAAAUUUCUGAACAGAUUCUUAUACAACAGAUGAAAUGAAAUGUUUGUAGAUUGUUCCUUAAACUCACUUCUUGGGCAUAUUAUCAUUAUUAUUCAGGUGACUGACAAGAUUGGCGAAGAAUCUCAUUUGAAAAAGAUUUAAAGUUAUACAGUUUGCAUACAAAAAGUAACAUGAUAAUUACCUUAAAAUUUAAUUCCAAGGUAUAGAAUUUAAUUUGUUAAAUAAUUUUUUUCUUUAUUAUAAUAUUUGUGUAACACAUGCAAUUUGUUUUAGCAUAACAAGUUAAAAACAUUACAACAAAAAGUUGAAAUUGAACAAAAAUUGCAUUUUCAAAAAAUUUUAGAAUGCUUAAGUCAUUUGGGAAUGGCAGUUGGGUAAAGUAUUAAUUUUAUUUUAAUAAGUUUUAAUUAUUUACUAUUUAUAUAACAGUUUACUUGGUUGAAAGCUUUAAAUUAUUUACACUGAUAAAUACAUUAGAUGAAAACUAAAUUAAAUUAUAUAUUUAUUUUAUUUAAAUUCAAGAAUUUAAACCACUAAACAUUUUAAUGAAUCAUUAUGAUGUUGCCAUAUUAUGUGAUUUUGCAAAGUUUAUGUUGAUCAGUACACAAGUAUUAGUUCAAGUAUCGCUUAAAGAAACACCUCUUGAUAUGGCACCUGAAGUUUUAAUUCCUCUAUUAUACCUACAACGGUUCCAACAUACAAUCACAAAACAAUAUGGUAUAAAUAUAUGAUCAAUAAAAUAGAUAGUGUUUAGGGAAAAAUAAUGUAUAUAUAUUUGUUUUUAUUAAUUAAUUAAAGAAAUUAAACAAUUUAGGUCUUAGAAAUGUGUAGCAUAUCAUUGUGGAAAACUAAUAUUUUACUUACAAUUUUUGUUGCCUUUAGUCCAAUUGAUGAAAGAUCAGAUCUGUUUGCGAGAACUUUUUGGAGCAUCCAUUCAAAAAAGAAAUCUAUCAGAAAGAUUAAGAAGGUCUGGUCUAUUAGAACAUGAAUUACAACUGAUUCUUCUACCAAUCACGACGAGUAUAGAAAACAUGUAAUAAUUCCUUUUAAUUAUAAAUUAUAUAUUCAAAUUGUAAUAUGCAAUGAUUAUGUUUUAAUUUUUGAGUAGAACUAAAGAAGACCUACAUUCUAAUCACACUAACUUAUGUCUUGAAACUUGUAAGAAGUUAGAUGUUGGCUCUGAUCAAACUAUAUGAAUAAUAAUACCAACACCAAUGAUUUUAAGAGUAUUAAUUGGAUUGUAUUUUUAUGCAAAAUGUAUUUGAGGUAAAAUUUGAAUUUUUAUUAUGUAACUACCUGUGCUUUUGACUAUACUCUUGUUGUUUUGAUUUUUAAUCUCAAUUACAAACAUUAAAUUGUAGUCUAAUUGAAAGAUGCAAAAUAUCAGUUUAAAAACAACCCAUCUUAUAUCACUUAGGUCGUUCUUCCCUAGAACCAAAGAUUAAAAAAAUUAUAUAAUUAUAGUUUUAUAAUAUUAAACAUAAUAUUUUCUUUUAGAUAGAAUUACAAAUGCUAAGCUUCAUAAAUUACUUAGAAAUAAUAAAGAUUCAUCAGUGAGAGAAGAAAUGUGUCCAAAUAUUCUUACCAUCAAAUUCUUACUAAUGACAUGACAUUUUUAAAAGAUUGUCCAUAUCCUAAUGUUAUCCAGGCAUAUAAUAAUUGAGUUUUAUUACAUGUUUCUGUUUGGAAAUAUAAUGUGAUUCAAGUUUUAUCAUUUUAAUAUUAAAUACAUUAUUUAACUUAAAUACCUGACAUUGAAUAUCAAUUAUAAUUGUUUUGAUGAUUGUUGUACAAUUUAAUAUGCAAGUGAUGUUCAUCAUUUUUUUAUGUGUCAGUUAUUGUUCUAUAACUUUGUAAGUGUCUAAUUCUUUAUUUGUCCAAGAAUAUAAUAUUAUAGUAUGCCAAUAAUUUAUUUGAUAAAAACUAAUUUUUAAAUUGUUUUCAAAAUUAUAACUGUUUGGAAAAUAAAAAAAAUAUUUAGUCAAUUAAUGAAAACAUUUUUAAUUAAUAUUAUAUUUUAAUGAAUAAAGAGGGAAUAUAAAACAAUUACGUAAAAUUAUUAUAUAUUUUUUUUGAAUACAAAUAUAAUUCAAUAAUGAACUAAUAAAAAUAAAUUGUUAAAUUCUAUAAAAUGAUUCAAAUUUUAGAUUUUGAGUAGAGUGAGAAAUGUAUUAGUUUUACAAUGAUGUUUCUUUUUUUUACUGUACUUUAGAGAGGUCAUUUUUUGAAAUUCUCAUUAAUAUUCAAAAUAAUGAGGAAAACCUUGGUCUUUAAGUUAAAAAGAUUGAAAGAUUAAAAAUGGUUUUUAUUUAUUUUUUUAUUAUUAUUAACUUUUUAUUAUUUUAAUCUUUUUUAAACAAUUUAAACAAUCAUUAUUGACACAUUGUUGUAACCAUUUUACAAUAAUAUGAUAUUAACCAUGUAUUGUAUUGUUGACAAAGGAACACUGUUAACUGUACUCCGCUCAGAAUCAUUUUUUCAUUACCAAUGGUUUAUCGUUGCUUACAGAUAUACAUUAAAUUUCUGUCUGUAUCCCAUCUUCCCAACUUCCCACCUCCAACAGUGGCUGCACCCAUGUGCAAAGUAUGUCUGUUCUUUUUAGAUAUUGUAUUUAUUAAUUCGUAAUUAUUGUUAAAUAGUUUUGCUAUUCAGUUGAAUUUUAUCAAUAAAAGUAAUCCUGGAAGUUCAAUACAAUAAUUGUAUUAGUCAUGUUUGAAAUUGAUAUGUAUCCAUUAUAUAAUUUCUCUGAUUAUUAUUAAGGAAUAGUACAAUGUUCAUAAUGACUAACAACAAAAAUAAAAUAGCUUUCUGAAAUCUUUAACAAUAAUCUUAUGCAGUGGUGGAUUUAUGGGGUGGGGUCCAGGGGAGUCUGAACCCCCCUCAAACACCAAAAUAAUUUCAAUACAAUUUUGUCCAAAAGAGGGGGCAUCUAUUAAUACAGAUACCUUUUAAAUACAUAUGACUUUUCCAGACCCUUCUUAGAAAAAUAUUAAAAAUCCACUACUGAUCUUAUGGCUUUGAUUAUUUAUACAUAUUUAUAUAUUUCAUAUAUUUAUAAACUUUAUUUAUCAAAAUUUAUUAAAAAUGACUAUUUUUAUUUUAGAUUGCUAUUUAUACAACAGAACUGGUGAAGGAAACACAGUUUUACAAUGUGGAAACAGAACAUUAAGAUUAAACAUAUUAUUUACAUUUAUUAGGUCUGUGUAACAUUUUAAGUGUUCUAAAAUAUUACUUUUUGUUAUUUAUAAAAUUCAAAAAUGUAGGUGUAUACAUUUGUAUUGCAAUUAAAAUAUAUUAUUGAUUAUAAAAAACAAAAAUAAAUAUGAGGCGAAUUCUUCUUGAAGAUAAAAUCUGAUUUGCAUUAAUGUGCAAACAUAAUCA